ACGUCCUUUUGGAUAUUGAAAUUAAUACAAUUGUUACGCGUGGGUAGAUUUUAGAUUUAGUUAGUCAAAAAUACAAGGUUGUUGUCGCACUAAAAUGUUUUUCCUUGAAUAGUCAGUCAUGAUACGGAUUGGUGGAUAUUUUCUCAGUGUGGUUAUCAAUUUGUUUCAUUUUUCUUGUGCCCAGCGACAAAAUGAUGUUGUUUGUCCAAAAGAAUUUAUCCUGGCGGGCCGGACAUGUUUCAGAUAUCAUGUAGACAGUACAUUGUCUUGGACUGAGGCAAGAAAGGAAUGUCAAAAGGUCGACGGUUCUGAUCUGCUGAUUAUUCGUAAUGGUGACCUUUUCAGUACAAUCAAAUCUUUUAUUGAUCAGAAAGGGUAUUCUCUUUGGGUAGGAGCGUCGGAUACAGUACAGGAAAAUAAUUUUAGAUGGGUAGAUGGCACAGUUUGUUGCAUUCCAUACUGGAUUCCGGGUGAACCGAAUAACUAUCAGAACAAAGAUGAAGAUUGCGUCCUGAUAUGGGAACACAACAACCAUAUCGGUUUAAAUGAUGAAACCUGUAACAACAGAAUUGGUUUCGUGUGCGAAUCUCAAGGACGACGUUUAUCAGGAUUAUCAUUUUUGGGUAACAUUAAGCCUCACAAACAACGACAGAUAUAAUUUCAAAAAGACGGUUGUGGAAGGGCCAGCAAUGCCUCUGACGUUAUUUUUGCUAUAUUUUGUGCUCGUGAAUACGUUUUGGAUACAUACCGGAUUAGUUGUGAAUGCUUCUGUAUGUCCAAAUGGUGCGAAAGAGGUUGGCAAUAUAUGUUUGAAGUAUCAUGAAGGAUCCUAUGUCUGGAGUGAAGCAAGGUCUUACUGUAAGAGCAACUACGGAACAGAUCUUCUUGUAGUGCGCAAUGAUGCCUUAUUUAGUGAUAUCCAGAAUGCUGUCCAAAACCGUAGAGAUCAUGGAUUCUGGGUAGGUGCGACACGGAAAGGAAACCAUUUUGAAUGGGUAAACAGCAGUCCAUGUUGUGGAUCAUAUUGGAAUCCUAGUGAACCUAAUGGUGCUCAAGGCUCAGGAGACGACUGUGUACACGUAUGGAAUAGUGGGUCAGCUAGAGGUUUGAAUGACGUCAAAUGUGACGACCAAAUCGGAUUUAUUUGUGAAGAAUGUCCAGAAAUUUCACAUUGUGUACAAAGACACUGCACCAACAUUCAUGAUACAGUUUGUGACAAAUGCGAGGAUGACAAAGUUUUCUACAAAAGAACAACUUCAAACACAUUGUGUGAACGAAUGUGUUCAUUUGAUAAUCACGCAUGUUGGCCGGGAACGUGCUCUAAUGAACUAACAUCAAGCUGUGCAUGUGCACCAGGAUUCCAGCGUGUAAAAGAUUCAAAUCAGACAGUGUGUCAACUGAAAGACGCCUCCGCUCCAUCUAUUAAUACGUGUCAAACAGUAAUCGGUGGAGCAAACGGCGAGGCUAAACGAACUGCGCUUGGAAAAUGUCAGGAGCUGAACGACUUCUUUGGAAAUUUUCAACCAACCUCUGUUGGUUUUGAUAUGCAGUCAGAUUUUAUUUUAGACGUCACCAAAUACAGCAGUAGCAGACCUAAGUUUAUCAAGGAAGAGAAGUUCGGAAUUACAGAUACCACAUUAUAUAUUAAACGAGUUCAAAUAGAUGGUACACAACAAACACUUGGUACAUUCAAGCAAAAGAUUGCCACAAGUCAAAGUACAAAUGUCGAAACCACAGUAGCUCAUAAGAACAACUACACAUUGUCUCAACCUAACUACAAGCUCACAAACGGAGAUAGGUUGUGUGUUCAGUUUGAGGCCCGUGGUGGAGGAUACGUAAAGAGAAAUGACUUCCGUACUCAAACAGUGAAAACCCCGUUACCGUACCAGAAGACUUCAACAACGGAAACAGUUUGCUACCGAUAUGAUGAUGCCAAACCUCAACACUGUCUGGUGACCAGAACGUGUUCUCUUGGAGAAAAAGAGCCUAUUCAGAUAUCACAUAAAGUUACAAGAACAUCAAUAAUACCUGUAUCAUUUUCUGGUUGGAAAGAUCCCAUACCAGUUGGCGGAAAUACUUCACACGCAUCCGAUAUAGAAUCAUACGAAAUUACUGUAAACGAAGUGAACAAUGGCAUAGUCGAUUCAGGGAAAGUUUUCAGCUGUAAAAUGAACCACACCCAGACUACUUUAACAUUAAACCUGACGUCAGACUCGCCGAGGCUCUACUCAGUCAAUUUAGAAGUGAAAGAUGCUGCAGACAAUGUUCGACAGGCUCGUCGUUUUGUUCUGUAUGACAGUACUACCAACAUUACAUCAAGGCCAGACAAACCGUUUACCGUAUCAUCCGCAUCCAUGGCUUCAAAUUACACGUGGCAGACACAUCAUAACGACAUCUGUCUAAACUGGACGGAUCAUUUUUACAACCAGUUUUACAUGGAUAAUUUACUUCUUGGAAAAAUAAAUUCUGCCGCUCAUGGACUCAUUACGGGAAUAUAUGAACAGCAAACGGGUCUCUUACCGGUUAAUGGUACCUCAAACGUGCAUGGUAUCGUACAAUAUAAAUUUUCAUGGAGCUUAGAUGGGGUUAUAUCUCCUAUCAUUGUGGUACCAAAGUUGCUUGAUCAGUUGUACUGCCAUUCACUGCAUCUGAAAGAUGGUCAGACAUACAUCCUCAAUAUUGAGGCGAUUGAUAUUGUUAAUAACACUCUUUCCGAAAACCGGACAGUCUUUAUCGACAGAUCUGUUCCGCAUAUAAACAACAUUUGGCUGAUGAAAAACGGAAUAAAGCGCCUCUACGUACAUGAUGACAUUGAUUUGUCCGCAAUGAAUAUGACAUUUGAGGCUUUGGAUCCACACAGUGGUCUAUUGAAUAUUGAGUGGACAUUUAAAACUAUAGACAGUAGAAAGGAAUUAGGGUCUGGUGUAAUUGGCAUUGUAUUGCUGGAGAAGGAACAUUGUCCAAAGAACCAAAGCGAUAGCUGCUAUUGCCCGGAUGUGGGAAAAUGUGAACAUUUUAAAUACAGUAUUCCGUUAAACAAAUUAGUUCAGAGCAACAAACAUAUAGGCAACCACAAUCGUAACUAUAUGUUUACAAUCAAAGUUACUAACAACGCAAGACUGUCAAACAUUGAACAUAUUGAUAUCUUAGUGGAUGAUUCACCACCUGAACUCGGAGUUGUGUAUGAAGGUGCUAUAGGUACACAUGAUAUAGAUUACACCAGUGAUAAUAGUUAUAUUGCACGAUGGCACGGCUUUAUCGACCAUGAAAGUGGAAUCAAGGAAUAUCGCUUAGGGUUGGCUGAUACAUGCGUCAGUAAAGAACAGCUUAUACAAAAUGGCCCAAACUCUACAAUUUCCGAAUAUACUACAGUUCUCCACACAGAGUCCUCCGUCAGAGUACGCGCCAAUUUCACAGGAAAGAAGUAUAUUAGCAUAAUAGCUAUAAAUAAUGCACUGGAACCAUCUGAAGUGGCUUGUUCAGACGGACUAACAAGGGACAAUGCAGCACCAAUUAUCCAAAAUGUGCACAUUGAAAGUGGAAAAUGGGCAGAGUCGAUAUUUUGCAGUCAAGGGAAAGCUUGGAUCUUAAAGUCGGAUCUGAAACGGUUGCAGUUGUCGGAAACCGAUGGAUGCAAUGAACGUUGUAUCAAUAAUACAAUGGGAUCUGACGUGCUUGGACUUCUACCGACCAUAACAUCACGAAUCAAUGACACAGAUGUUGAUGAAUUUAUGUGCAAGAAUCUUCCGAUUUACGACGCUGAAACAAUAAUAUACUUACCGAAUGACAACAUUUUUCUCAGCUGGAAUAUAGACAAAGGCCUAGGUCAAAUUGAAGACUAUUAUGUCGGGUUUGGUCAAACAUCUGGGAACUCUUCAGCAUUAACUGUUAUGGACUUUAAAUCCACAGGCGGAAAACAAUAUUUCCAGACAAGACAUAUUGGGAUUGGGUCUGGAGAUUUAUUCUACGUGCAUAUGAAGGUACUAAGUAAAACACACAUGGAAACGGUUUCAGUAAUAGGUCCCGUCAUGAUAGACGAAACGCCCCCAUACUUCAGAGAAAAGACAAAUGUAACCAUCGACGGUGAUAUGCUGUUAGUUGGCUGGAACGAUGAUACUAUAUACGACUUGGAACAGAAGGAAAGAAUUAAUCAAAUAUAUUUUCAAAUAGUGCAUGGCGGGAUGACUGCAACCCCGUUACUGGAAUGGCGUUUUGAUGCCUCUGAAUCUUGCCCAAGAUAUACCGGCGGAUGCUUCAAGUAUCCUUUAAAGAGACUGCAACGAAUAGAUACAGAUUUUGGACAACAUUUCAGUGUUAGAGUGUAUGCGUACAACAAUGCAGGCCAUUUUACUCUCAAUGAAACAGAGUCAUUUUUGAUACCUUCACGGUAUCCCCCUGGACAUGCAGUGGUGUCAGACCUAGAUCCUGAAGAUUUUUCAAGUAGUGCUUAUGAUUUAUACCAAGACGUCAAUGUCCAUUUCACAGCAAACAAAAUAUGUACUCACUGGAAUGGUUUCAAACACCAUGAAAAUGUAACAAUAGAAGUAGGGCUUGGAACAAACAAAACAGAGGCAAAUACUGUUCCUUUUCAACACAUAAAUAGCUCUAAAGAAACUUGCAUCCAGUCUUCUGAAAUACAUUUCAAUAUUCAGUACUAUGUCCUCCUUCGUGCAACUUGUUCUGGUGGAAAUACUAUUUCGACAUCAAAUGGUAUAACAAUCAUAAAUAAAACAGACCUUUUGAAAAAUAUUGACAUUUCUGUCGGAGAACAUUUCAUAGAUGUAAAAAUGAAUCCUGUUGAUACAACUUACUCUAAAAUAUGUUCUCUGGAUGACAUUGAAAUUGGUGCAAAAUAUAAGCUUAUUCUCUAUAAUGUAACACUUAAUGUAUCCGUUUCUUCAGAGGAUAUGAUUUUUAAUGACAGAACGUAUGACAAAGGAAAUUCUAGAAUAGACCUAAAUAUUGUACCAUACGUUAAACGUCCUUGCAUUUCGGUAGACUCGAAUAUUAGUGAACACAUUUCUGCUGUAAUGCACAGACUAAAGUCCGACGGGUUUGUAAGUGACAAUAAAAUGCUUUUCAUCAGCUGGAACUACAGCAAGCAUGAUAUUUUAAAUAAUCUUAACUUCAGAGUUGCACUUGCAACAUUUCCUAAUAAAAGUUACACUACCGAGGUCAUGUCGAUUCCAAAAAAGUCAUCCGAACAUAUGUCUCAUAGCUUUGAUUUAAAAACUGUUUCGGCGGACGGAGUGCACGCUGUGGCUGUUAUACCGUGUACUAACAAACAUUGUUUAAACUAUACUUUGUCGCCCUCGUUUCAAAUUGAACACGCAAUAAAACCAGGACAAAUUAAGCAAGCAAUCGUUACAGUUGAAGGUGGAAAAGACUGUGUUGAUAUUAGAAUAGCAUGGCAACGUUUCGAAGCCAAGAGUACAAUAACUAUUUAUCAAUGGUCAUUAAGCCGCGAUUACACUGCCAACACAUUGUUAACAGGGUGGAAGGCAAUCAAAGGCGACCUUGGAACACAAGAUUACCAAGUAGAUGAAUGCUUGAUUUUACCAGUUCAUGGUCAUUCUACAAUGUAUGUGUGUGUGAAAGCAUUUUCAGCGGUAGGUAAUGCUGCAAUAGAAUGUCGGAAAACAACAACAAUAAUGAAUACAGAGUACAAUCGAGACGCCGUGUACGAUAUAGAUAUGACUUCAAAGUCAUGGGCAGCCAUUUUGGAAAUGAUUCACAGUUCGAACAUAGGGAGUAAGUAUGCGUUACUACACGACGCGGAGGUAGACUUUGGGACUACUACAACUGUCAUUUCUGGAGUGAUGAUGCAUGCCACAGAGAGGAACGUUUCAUGGUAUUUAAUGAGAAAAAGCGAUAUUACUCAACUAAUCGACUGCGAUAAGGACAAAUAUUGCGUUCUUUCCGCCACAUCUGAUACCGGUUUUAUGGCAUUUGAUUCAGAUCUGAUCGAAAGAAACCAUCUGUACUAUAUUUGCGCAUAUUCCAAUGUUACACUAGUAGCAAGAGAAGCAUUUACGGAGGAGCUGACUGAAAUUCGCUCGUGCAGUAACGGGUUUAUAAUCGAUGAUAUUCCACCAACAGAUGGAAGAGUCACCGUCAGGAACACAGGAGGAUUUCUAUCGGAUAUCUCGGCAAUAGAUAUAGCAUGGCGUGGAUUUGAUGAUAAUGCAGAUGUCGAGAAACUAGGUUAUCGGGACGGAAUCAAGUAUUACUCCUAUGCCAUAGGGAAUCGGCCUGGUGGCAGUGAAGUAAGAAAUUACACUAUUGUGGGAAAUAUACAAAAGAUAGUUGAACGAAAUAUAGAUGUUGUGGAUGGAACAGAUAUAUAUGUAACUGUUAAGGCGACGGACCAAGCUGGACUUUCCACUACCGUAACGUCUUCACAAUUAAUAGUCGAUACAUCACCUCCGGUAUCUGGAACUGUCAUUUUAAAUGAUGCAAGAGGCCAUGUCCCUUAUAUUAGUUCGACAUUUUGUACAGUUACUCUAAAUGGGUUUAUGGAUCACCACAGUGGUAUUUAUCAUUUUGAAGUCGGCAUCGGAUCUGAUGAGUUUCUUGAAAAUGUUGCUACUGGGCUCGUUUACAAAACUGAUCGCUUUGAAAUAAAUAUGCAAGACCACAUUCAUGACGGCCAUAAAUAUUACGUUUCAGUAAAGGCUGUAAACAGAGCAGGGAUAUCAUCAGCUAAAGUUUCUGUCCCGUUCAUACUUGAUCUGUCACCUCCUACGGGAGGUCAUGUCGUUGACGGAAAUUGGAAAAUAAAGAAUGAUUUAGACUAUCAAAUGACACUGGGCUACAUACAAGGGCAUUGGUAUGGAUUUGUCGAUCAGCAAAGUGGUAUCAAAUACUACAGAACUUGUCUUGGAACUAAACCAUAUAUGGAUAACAUUGAAAAAAUGGUGAAUGUCGGUCUUCGCACAGAUAUUUUAUGGAAUGGAACAUAUCACAGUGGAACGAGGUACUAUAUUACUGUAGAAGCAUGCAAUACUGCCGGGUUAUGCCGCGUCCUUUCUUCAGAUGGUUUAAUACUUGACAAUUCUCCUCCUAUACAUGGUAUUGUAAGAGUUGGAUCCGGAAAUCAACAUAGAAAAUAUUUGCCACAUGGAGGGACUGUUCAUAUUCAAUACACCGGGUUUGAAGAUCCUCAGUCAGAAAUAGAUCAUUAUGAAACGUGUAUUGGAAGUAGACCUAGAAUUUGCAAUAUAUUACCAUUUUCAACAAGCCUACUGGAGUCAAGUAUUAUAAAGACUGGCCUAAACCUGUCAAGCGGUAUCAGCUUCUACGCCUCCGUCAGGGCCUUUAAUAAAGCUGGCAUGCAGGUGACGUCUACGUCCGAUGCUUUUCAGAUCGACAGUACAGCCCCUGUAUCAGUUAAGACACCUUCAUUUUCCCACCCAUCUAAAUCUUUAUCGAAUAUGAAGGUACAGUGGGAAAAGUCUGUCCUUCGUAUGUCCUGGAAAUUUACAGAUGAAGAGAGUAAAGUUGCAAGUCACAUAAUUUCUUUGAAAACACAUCACGAAGGACACACCCCAGUGGAACAACUUCAUGUCGGAAAUGUCGACAGCUUGACAAUAAAUUUAGACGAACAUAACUGGCUUCAUGGUGGGGACAAAUAUUACUUUGUUGUUACAAGUUGUAAUGUGGCAGGACUUUGUGCAUCUGCCCAGUCAGAAAAUCUUUUAAUUGAUUCCACGCCCCCGCAUUUGGGUGGAUUUAAACCGCCAAUGGCUUGGCAAAAUUUUAUUGAUCAGAAUAACAAAAAGAAAUCAAGACUUAUCCUCUCUUGGUACGGUUUUGCUGAUGCCGAGUCCUCCAUCGAUUCCUACUACCUUAAAGUAAGUAGAAACUACACGGGACAUGAAUUAUCGCAAGGGGAGAUCAUCAUAAAAUCUACAAAUACCACAGACGAACAGACGGUAGUUACAAUCGGAGAGCAAAUAAACCCUGAUGAUCUUCUGAUACUGACUUUAUGGGCCAACAAUGUCGCUGGUCUAAAUAGCACUAUGUCAAGAAUAACCGUCUCUGCCUUACUAACCGGAAGUGGAUUUGCUUCCAAUUCCACAGGCAUACUGGAAAUUCAAAAACACUCGUGCGACGUACAUUUUUGCAAUAAAGAUUGCACUUGUGCAAUCGUUGGCAAACAAUGUGUCAACGUUCAUACAAAUGAAUCGUGUAAUUCCCUGAACAAGUCGGACAUAGCCAGUUUAAAAUUAACCGAAAUAGACGUUUACGGCGGAUUGCCUGAAAAUCCAGAAAAUAUGACCGUAUCAUCAGCUUGUCUUUCGGGAUACUGGAUACCACGCGAGAAUGACCAUUUGAUUCAAAGAUAUGAAUGGAGCAUGGGUAUCAAAGAUCAACCUGUAGGGGAGGGAGUUUUCAAUCUUAAAGUAGAACGACCUUGGAAAGAUGUUGGCAAAAACAAACAAGCUAUUUAUUGUUUGCCUUCAAAAGCUGGCCUGAAACAUGACACUAAGUAUUUGAUUUAUGUGAGAGCAUGGUAUGCUAAAGAUAUGUAUGCGACAUUCACUUCCGCUCCAUUUUAUGUCGACCAAACACCACCACAUCAGUCGAAGGGAAAGUUCAUAAAGGACUCGGAUAGUACCUGCAAGCUUGAUUUUGACACGAUUGACUGGAUGGACUAUAUAUCGGCUUGUUGGGAUGGAGUAUUUACCGAAAGACAAGGAAGAAUUACCCAUUACUUCAUUUCUCUCGGAACAUCUUUGAACGGAAGUGACAUCUUCCCUAGGACCAAUGUCGAUCUAGCCACUUAUGUAACACUAACAAACCUUACCCUAACUCACGGAACUAGAUAUUUCUUUACCGUAACUGCAUUUAAUAAUGUCGGCCUACACACCUCUAUCUCCUCAGAUGGAUUUGCUAUAGAUAUGGACACUCCUGUUUCAGGAGUUGUCUUCAAUACAGACAAACAUACAAAUAUGGCUUAUCAGUCAUCAGAUACAACCUUUAACAUCUCCUGGCACGGGUUUCACGACAUUUACUCUGGAAUAAAAUCAUAUCAUGUAGCAAUAGUUAAAGAUCCAGUAGAAGAUUAUAAAAAUAUUUCGUUUACAAAUGUCGGUCUUCACACGAAGCAUAUUUUCCGAAACAUAAAGUUAAAACAUGGUGAAUUAUACAAAGGUCUCGUAAAAUCAUUUGACAAUGCUGGUCAUGUAAGUAAUGUAUCGGAAUCUUACUCCAGAAGAAUUGACCUUACACCACCGUCAGUUAAAUCUUGUGAACAUUUUGAAAAAUAUAUAAUUAACCAGACAUCAUAUAAAAAAGAUAAGACCAUCGAAUUCAGUUACAAUUUCUCAGCAAAUAAGUAUUACGUUAUAUCCGGUGGGUUUUCAGACUUUUCAGUUGACAAAAUGCCUGUUAUGACAAUUGGAAGACAUAGCAUUUAUUUGCCGAUAACUUUGUACCACAAUGGGUCCGCUAAGUUCGAGUAUGACUUUAUGUCACCGAUGUCAGGAAUGACUACAAUAAACAUUGCAACAAACACUGAGGAGUUCCGUACGGCUACUCUGUCUGAGUUGAUGGUAAUGAGAUGUUCUGCAUUAUUACCUGUUAGUGAACACGACGCUGUAAAGGUCAAACAGAUCGGAUCAUCCAAAAUUGCUGUCAGCAGCUUGAUUACAGACGAAGAAAGCUCCCUGUAUAAGGUUCUGUUAGGUAUCGGAACAACCUCUGACGGGUUUCAAAUUCAACCGCUCUCACCUUUACACGGAGGUAUUAGCGGCGUAAUUGAUGUCGACGUUGAGCACAAUACUCUGAUAUAUACAACUGUACUCUCUGAAAACCAUGCCGGUCUCAGGUCUGUGUUUAAAGGACAUCCAGUCAGGUUCGAUCAAACACCACCAUUACUUUCGAAUUUAGAAGCGAAAGUGACAGUCAAUCCCAUUGUCCAAAGCGGCAAUAAAACAGAACAGACACUUAACAUUUUUGCAAGUUGGACAGUUGCUGACUAUGAAAGCGGAGUGAAAUAUUGUCUUUGUGGCAUAGGUAAAUCAUUUAGUAGGAAGGACAUGGACCUGAGACUCUCGGAUUCAAAAGAAACUUGCAUAUUCAGUCAAAUAUAUUUGCAACACGGAGACAAAGUGUUUGUCUCUGUUAAAUGUAUAAAUAACGUUGAACUAGCAACUUCUAUGAUUUCUGAGACAAUUAUCAUUUCAACGGAAUCGCCAGACAUAUCAAAAGCUGAGGUGCGGAUCAUUUCCCCUGACAAGCGCGGGACAACAAAACCUAACCAAGGAUUAAUCACUACAUAUGUUGUGGCAGACCGAUCUCACGUUCAGCUAGAAUGGGAGGGUUUUGAAGAUAUGUCGGGAGUGAACAGUUACGAGUACCGUGUACUAUACGAUAACCAUACAAUUGUUGACUGGAAAAAUACCAGCAGACGUAAGACUGCGGAGAUAAAUGACCUUGACCUUGAUCCGGGAAAAGUAUACAAGGCUGAAGUUAGAGCUGUUAAUUCCGGUAAUUAUGUCAGUGAUUCCAUCACUGCCGGAUUGGUCAUUCAAACAGAACCAUCUUUCACAGGAAAUUCAGUUACCUUUGUAAAGAAGGAUGAAAAUUUGAAAAUUGACUGGAGCAAAGUUUUCCGUCUUGACGGAAACAUCGAUGUCACAUAUGACGUUACUAUAGGAACACGGUUUGGAUUUUCAGACGUACUAGAGCUCCGUAACACGGACAACAGUCAUUGUGAAAUAUUAAUACCACUUUCCACGAUCGUCACACCGAAAAUCAACGAACUGUUCGUAUCCGUUACCUGUACAUAUUCCACUGGACUGUCCAAUGUCUUUAACACAAAUUUUAAAAUAUAACAGAAACUUCUACUUUCGUGCUGGCAGACUCUUAUGUCGUACCGUUUAAAUAUCACUCCCAUUGAACUGAUUUUAUGCAAAGCAUUAAAAUAUAUAUUGAAACAAUAUUCAACUUAAGUUAGUUCUGCACGUUUGAUAAACCGGAAGUGAUGGUGUAACAUCAUUUUUCCGGAAAGAGUAGAAUAAAGACUGGAUUCGGCGUACGGAAAUGAAAAUCAUUUUAUGGAUUAAUCGCAACUUGUGAGUAAAUUUAUUAGUGGCUCUAUUGCUAUAUUUCUAAAGUCGAAAUAUGAUAUUAAAACAUAUCACGCGUUAAAUAAUACAAAAUAAUGUCUAAAAAUUAGCGUGAAAUGUCCGGUUUACUUUAAUCAUGGUCAAAUAUCUCAAAAAUGAGAACACGGACCUAUACAUUUUAUAUUAUCAAAUCAUAGGCCAUGUCUUUACGUACAAUUGUGAGAAGUUUCAUCAAAAUCUACAUUGUAGAAAAAUUUCUAUACACGAAAAUGUUAUGAAUGUUAUGAUUUUCCCAUAGACUCCCGUUAUUAAGUAUUGCGUGAGGUCCCUAUUUUUCAAAUCAGUCUAGCAAAAAAUCAAACACACGACCCUAUCUUUUUUUUUAAUGCUGAAUCUUCCAGGUAUAUUCUUAAGUUUGAAAAAUCAGAGUUCAAUCAAAUUCUACAAUGUAGAAACAAUUUCGAUCAAUACGUGCAGAACUACCUUAAGGGAUGCUGUAAAUUUUAAAUAAAGUUAUGUUUAAAAACGUUAAAAAUAAUACACUAAUUAUGGGUGUUUGUUAGAACUGAAAGCAUCAGUAAGACAUAAGUUGUACUUUGUAAAUACUUGUUUGAGUUGUAUCUUUAGCUUUUUGAAAAUAGUUUCAUAAUUGACUGCGUAGGUAUCUAUAUUGUCAUAGUUUUCUUCAAAUAUUGUCAUUGAUUCUGAUAAUAUAAUGAUUCAACGUACAUUUGGUACCUACUUCAAAGGAAUACAAAAUAGGAACAUUUUACAUGUAUGAUAUAUCUAAGUGUACAAUUAUAAUUACAUCUAAGUGUAUUAUUAUAUAUCUGGACUAACAAAAAGAACGUUUAUGUUUUAUUUUGAUACCAGAUUGAAUGAGAAUAUUGCAAGUGUAAAUCUGAAAGACUGCCUCUCUUGUAUAUCAAAAUAGGAUUUUAACAUAUUCGUGUACUACUUAUAAUAAUACUGAACUACAGUGUACAUAAUUUAAUGGUAAUGUAUUCAGAUCUUUUAUGUUAUAUGUGUUUUCUUUACGUGUAUAAAGUGUCAUUGCUUGAAAUGUGGUCCAGAUCCCAAAGUCGUUUUGGUUCAAAGACUAUAGAUACAUGCAUUUUUCAUAAUUAUAGGGUUGAAAUGUUAUUUUUGAAGAAGUAUACAUGCAAAUUAAGCAGAUAUAUAAAAUAGUGCGUUAGUCUUAAGUUGAUGUAUACCUGAAAAAAUCUAUGCUUCGAUUUAAGCCUCAAGAAUCUUGUUCCUUACUUUGAGCUGAAAACCUUACUUUGAGCUGAAAACAUUAAAUAUAAAGUAUGAUUAUAUUCAUAUGUUGACUCUGUUUUUAUUAUAAACCCUGAGAUUUUACGAGGACUCUUUAGCGAGUCGCACAUGAAACAUCUGACAUAUAAUAAGCCAUUUUCAAUCGGAUUUUCAUAUACUCUGUCUUACUUUUAGAUCAUUUAGAUAUAUAAAUUAGUCAUGACUUCAGGAUGAAAUUGCAUGAAACAUACACAUUCAAUCCAGUCCUUUUUUUCUGCGAUGUAGGUAUAGCAUUAGAAAUAAAACACUUACAUUUACGCAAUUUACAUAAACAAAUGUAAUAUCCUCCAAAUCAGCAAUGCACGAGAUGUGGUGUAAAGUAUGGAUUGAUAGGUAUUUGUAUUUGUGUUCGUGUUGAAAUUUGAUUUUUCUCAAAUAUUUGUAAUUUUAGAUAACGUAAGUCGCAGUCAGUAAAUCAUACUUAGUAUUUAACUAAUGUUCACCUUAAGAAGUGGAUCUGAACUUUAGAUAUUUAGUAAUUAUACAGAUUUCCUGUUUAUUUUUGACUAGAAAAUUGCAGUUAUCUCAUUUGUCGGGAACUGGUCACAUAGAGAUCCAUAUAAAGUGAUGUUUACCGUAUAAAGAGAUAUUAUUGUAAACAAACUUGUUUUCCAUUUAUAAAACAUUUGUUUAAAUACAAAUUUCAAAUAUCGUCUUCCGUACAGUAUGUGUUUGGCUCACCUGAAAAAUUUUCUAGAUGAGUUGUUAGUACAGGUUGGUUGUCUGUCUGAAAAAAAGUCUAGAGUUAUUUUUAUUAGAUUCUAGCUAGAAUGCUCAUUUUUUUCAGUGUAGUUGUAAAAUAUAAUACUUACAGAAUGAUGAUAUCGGUAAAUAUUCAAGUCAGUCGACCUGACAAAGGUGAUAGUCAUCUCGGCCAUUGUGACUGGGAAUCUUAUAACUUACAACGGUCUAAGAGGUGGGACUUAUUCCAAGGCAACUAUUAAUAGUUAAAGAUAACAUAUCUGUUGACCACAUCGAAAUAAACACGUUUAUAUUUCAUAUUUGAUUUGGGUUAAAUUAGCUAUCGUUCUUUAAAAGAUUUGUCAGUAUAUAAAUGUUUGUUUCUCUUACGUUUCAUUUGCCAAUGUCAGUAACAAAGUCGCCCAAAUGACACGCUAGUAUGACACGCUGGCAUGACACGCUGGUAUAUGGCAAUUUAGUCACAAACUUAGGAAAAUCAUACAAAAAUGCUUUAACGUUUUCAAAGUAUCGAUUCAGUUUUAUAAUUUCUUUUGAAUGAUAAAAAUUAAUGUUUUCAUAAAUUUUACAAACUUAUUUUAGGAACUGGUACUGUGUCUACAUGUGUUGUAUUUGCUUUUGUUUCUUUUUGUUAGAUUCUAGCUAUAUCUUAUAUAAAGUUUUACCUUUAA